GCCUGUAAGUUUGCAUAACGAAAGGUCUCAUUCACGAAGCUGUGGGUUGUGUGUGUGCAGACACUGUACAAACCCCGGUUGCAUCCCAGUGCACCACCAUGUGCACUAGCAGCCAGCAGACGUGAACUACCAGUCAGCAGACGUGAACUUGCAGACCUGAUCCUCCUCUCAAAGCUGCCGGAAAACUUGGUCAACAUAUCUGGCACACAGUGUCCCACGGCCACCCCUAUCAUCCACAAGCAGACUGCAGCUCUGACCUCUCAUCUACCUGGUUUGCAGCCCUCUCGAGAGGCUAAUCUUGGUGAUACGCCGACUAUCACACUGUCCCGACAUUGAUUGAAGAAGCAGGACCUUAUCUGUGCCCUGAGGCUGUUGGACAAAGACUGGCUGUGGCUGGGAAGGGGUGUGACAAGCCGGGAGUGAUUGGCGAGUGGCCUCAUCAACAGUUCAGCUUCAGUGGUCGUGUGGUGUCACCCACGUGCCGCUCCACUCUCAGUCAUAUGGACUAGCUGUCGACUCCGACACACACUGGUCAAACUCACGGUAACUCAAUGUACAUCUAGACCACACUAUCAUCAUGUUGGAAUACAUUCUACUUCAUCUCCUCAUCCUUGGUGUGCUUCAAGCAAGCACUGAACCGAUUCCACUUCCACCUUUCGCAAAACUUCAAGCCAAUUAUCCGGGAUACUGGAAUUUUGGGGGCCGCCUCCACAAUCAUCAUUUAUUGACAAUGAUCGGAACCCACAGCAAUCUUCUUCUACACGACACAAGUGCCUUACGUCUGUCCUACGCUCUCAACAAAGUCAGCGGAGUUCAUUCCCUUGGGAAAAGUAUCAUCCGAUUAUCCAAAUUUGGAACGGAUAGUGUCCCGGGUAAAGAUGGCUUGCAGUAUAUAUACCACCCAAUAGCAUACGGACCUUUCAUGGCAGAUAAAUAUGGAUACCCAACUGUGUCAAAAUUACACCAAAUGGACCCUAUUGAUACAAAGAAGAAUUUCUGGGGGAAACAGGGUAUUCUUCGAGUGAUAACAUACACGAAGAAGCUGAAUCGGCCAAAAGGUCAUGUUGCAUUAUGGGACUGUAACCAUUUCCACCAAUCAAAAGAUUGGAUUGCUGGGCAUAGCCUAAUCACUGUGGAAUUCUGGGAGUCACCAGAUUCCAACUGCACCAAUAUGGACAGUAAGUUUUCGUCAGCAUACCUUGGAAAGCCCGAACUGGCAACACUGCCACCAAACUUUAAGACAUUAUUACAACACAAAUCUUGGAGAAAAAAGUUCAUCAAAAAGUUUUUCCUGGAGAAGACUAAGGAUGGAAAAGCUUACUACUGGUGAACCUACAUUCCAACUGUGUUUACAAAUCACGCUGCCAUUUUAAGACCUGAAUCUGUAAAAGAUGGACAAUUUCUGGUCGCUAUUUAUAAAACCACAGCUAUGCCGCCUUCAAAUCUUCCACAGUCUACGCCAACCACAAGCAUUUAUGAAUAAUGACCACCAUCCAAGUGGCAUUUACACACAGGAUGAUUAAUGUCAAGUAACUACUUGCUUGAAUAGCAGUGGAAAAAGAACAAAUGCCGAGGAAAACGAAGCAAACUGCUUCAGGCAAUUCAACAAGUUUUAAUUCUUACCUGACACCAGACUGUUCAACCAAUUGUGAACCUGGAACAAACGUUCCUGAAGAACAUGAAGCUCACCUUUCACAAUCUUCAAAAACAGAAUCAUAUGACUGAUAAAAGGAUUCACUGGUUUAAAGCCAUGCACCCUGUUCUCUAUACUAAAGACACAGUGCCUUUAACUUUCAACGUCUAUGCAAGAUUGUUCAUCGUGAGUUGUCGAGAAUGAAGUCGAAGGUGAGACUUAUGUGACAUGUCUGGACUUUGAUUGGAAAUUCAUUGAAUGUUGCUGAUUUCAAGGCUGCUAUUAACGGAGUCAAAUGUGUUCCAAGAAUUUUAUGUGGACUAAUUUAGCUUUAAAUAUUGCAGAUUUGAGAAAAAGACUGCUUUUUGUCAUAUUUGUGGCCUAAUGCCAAAUCCUUGUUGUACACAGUAUUAAUUUAUAAGAAUCAGUGUGUUGAUUUGUGUAUUGUAUGUCGUGGAGAGCAUGUCCAGUCUUCAGCGUAUUGUGAUGUGUGUUUGUGUGAAUGAAACGUCAUUUUGUUUGUCAGUUGUUUAGCCACAUUCAGCAAGAUAGUAAUGUGAGGAAACAAGGAACUCUGAAAUAUUUCGAAAACCAAAUGAAACGGUUGUCAUCAAAGCAUUCAUCAUAAACCAAGCUACAUCCAAUAUUCGGAUUACAAGAUAAACAACAAUAAUAAAAUCAAGAAAAUGAGUCAAUUAUAUAAAGUCUUUGAAAGGCAUUUAGAAGUGGUACACGAGGAAGAGAAUUUAUGGACAUCAACUCCUAGUAAAGAAGUUCACAUCCAUAAAUUCUCUUCCUAACAAUUAUGUAACAUUAAAUGAACAAUGAGUAAUUAAUAACACACCACACUGACAGAUUUGUAUGUGUCCGCUUUUGAUGUCAAGUGCCGUGAUUGUGAUCGAUUUCGUAUGUCAAGGCCUGAACUUGAAAUAAAUGUGUUUCAACUGAUUGGUGCUAAUUUAUAUCAAUUCCCCAUCAAUGUGUCCCUUUACUCUAUUUGCUAUUUCCCAACAUAAUUGUCAAGUUAAAAUUGUCAAUGAUGAAUUAUACCAAACCUGAUCGAACUGAUCUAAAAUCAACUGAAUUAAAAAUUCAUCCUGAGAAAGGGACAGCUUAAGUAACAUGUACAUUAUUAACCACGUGUAUAUAUAUAAACUUUAUUAUCUGUUCUAUGCUUAGAAGCAUAACUCCCUAUGUCAAAAUGAUGUCAAUAGUCCUCUCCUAGUUAUAACAUUAUCAUGAACACACAAUGAUACUUUCAUAGAUGAUCGUCUUGAAUACAAUUAGUCAAAACUCGAUUACCGUAUUCAACGUAAUAAGCGCCCCGCUCUAAUAAGCGCCCAUGGGGAUACUUGCUAAUAUAUUGGCCUUCCGAUUGAUCAAUGUACACAAGUUUAUUUAUGCGGGUAUAAUACACACUUGUGUGUUAUAUGCACCCUAAAUUAAUGGCAAUUAAAUUCUGAAAAAGUUAUAUUUGUCGUACAUUAACAUUUCAGGCUGUCAGCAUAAACCACAAAAUUUAUCUUUCAACUCUGUAUUUUUCACCAAGAUAUUAUUCUAAUAAGAGCCCACUAUUUCUAAUUUUGAGAGCGCCCUGACCGCUUAUUAUGUCGAAUACGGUAAUACCAUGCCAACAUCUUUAUACAUGAUUUAUUCAUCACAUACUUUCAAGGCCAGUAUCCCAUACCACUUGUAAUUCUAGACUCUCAAAUACAUUGAAAGAAAACUUCAUUUCAUUAUGCCCGAAUGUCGUGUAUGAUUAUUUACAAUCACUGAACAAACAAAUCCCUUUACUCCCCUCCACAAACUAUUAGAAAUAAAAACCUAUAUACAUUUAAACAUCUCUCCAAGUAAGUAACAUUAAUGGGAAUAGUUUGAUGCAACUCAACCCCUACAAAGUGCUCUAUACUACUUUAAGUUAUGUACACGAGGCACAACCCAUUUCAACCUCAAGUAUUACGAAGAUAACCGCCGACACAAGUGGUUAGAUCCUGACAGCACAGUUAUGCCUUGUUGAUAACAGAUACCCAUAACAGGCCAUUCAACAGGGUCUGAAUUUCUUCCCACCCUGAUAUACAAAUUCAAUUCACCCUGUGUAUUUAAUACUACACAUCCAAAACCCCCUACAGAAUGAUCAGUACGUAUGCUCGUGUAUGAUGCAAUAUGUACAACUCGAAAGAAGUUAAGGAACACCGAUUCUUUCAUAUUACCAUAGUUAAUCUGCCAUCGACUCAAAAGAAAUUAAAGAAGACCUGAUUCUUACCAUUACUAUAGUUAAUCCAUCACGGACUAAAAAAAGUUCAAGAACACGCAAUUCUUUCAAAUUACUACAGUUAACAUGUCAUGGUAUGAAACUCGUUUUUUUCAUGUAACUAUAGUUAAUCAGUGUUCCUUAACUUCUUUUGAGCAAUAUAUUCAAACUGCCAUACACAGAGAUCUAUUGCCUUAGGUAGGAUACGGUAUUGAUUGUACACACUUCAAAUUGUCAUCAAGAGGGAUCAAAUGUUUUAGGUAUGUUUACAUUUAUACUACUUUUAUAAUGUUUUAUACAGCUAGAUUAUAUUUCAAAGGAUUGAAACUAUAGUCUGAUUUGAAAAUCAUAUUUUUUAAUAAAACUUCAUUUAGAAUUGCAAUUAAAAAUCUCAGAUGUAUACUACUAAAAAGAAGUUAAGGAUCACCUGAUUCUUUCAUAUUACUAUAGUUAAUCUCUCAUGUCAUGACAGAUUAACUUUACCAUUAUGAAAGAAUCGGGUGAUCCUUAACUUCUUUUGAGUAGUAUACUUUAACCAAAAAUAAAAGUGGCUAAUAAAAAUGCUUCUUCAAAUCAUAAUUAAAUAGCAUCAAUUCAUAUUCCUCAGUAAAAAUGAAGUAUCAUUUUUUUAGACUUCACCUUAGUGUAUAUUUCCAUUCCAAAAGGGUGAAAGAAUUUAGAAACAAAUAUUCCAUGAUUGGAAUAGAACCACUGGCAUUACAGCAUGCUUCAAUUGUAUGUACAGAACAUGUGGAAAUCGGUUGCAUGGAUUGUGUGGAGACGCUUCACUCAGCUGUAUCAAAUACAGACGGACAUGGCGAACAAACUCACCUGCAUCCCGAUUUAGAAUUAGCAGAAAAAAAUCAACCAGUUACUCAAAUUUACUUUCUCGUUUUUUGUCCAUUUUCACCGUGUUGACCUUGGUGAGGUGACAGUUGAGGUGGUGAGGGUAAAUGUGACUCAACCACUCAACUUUGAGGACGAUUAAAUCACAGGUAGUCGUCGCCAUGUCCCUGAUAUUAAAUUGUAAAUGGCAUAAUGAUAGUCAUGUACAUAGCAUGAUUUUACAGGUGAGAGAACAAUGAUUACACAGAAAUAAAUCAAAUGAAAUAAAAAUCUUAAAAAUCA